GUGAACACUCGUUCAUGCAAAAGGUUCCAUCUUGCCUUUCUUUCGGGGUCCUGCCCUUCUAUGCCACCUUUGUGUUAUUACCUCCCCAAAAGCAGCUUCUAGGUCUUCUGGGGAAAAUCUGGCAUUCUGGGGGCAAUUAUAGAGCUUGGGCACUGUGGAGUUUGCUGCUGAUUUGCAUCCACCAGGCUCAAGCAGAAAUGCCACAUACCCCUCGCCAACGGUUGCAGCCUCGAGCUCCGGUUUGGUCAGAGACAGAAACUCGGGAUUUCCUUGCCCUCUGGGGUGAACUGCUGAUUUUGAGGUGGAUUGAAAACCGGCCACCAAACAGUGACAUCUACGAGGAUCUCUCAGCCCAAAUGAUAGCCAGGGGUCACGAGCGCAACGCUUCACAGUGUAGGAACCGGGCCCGGGAUCUGAAGCGAAGUUAUCGGAGAGCCAAAGAUGCACAGAUCUGUGCUGGAGCCGAGCCCGUGUCUUGCCGUUACUUCCGAGAGUUGGAUCAGAUGUUUGGAGGUGAAAUGGAUAGGGCCACCAACCGGAGCUUGGCCGGCAUGGAUGGAUCCAUGCGGGUCGUGGUGAAAAGCGAGGAUGCAAAAGACAUGGAGGCCCAGGUCUCCGAGGAAGAGGGCAAUCAAAUGACGCCCCCAAACACUCUCUCAAGCAUGGACGCAGACACAGAUACGGAAACAGAGCCGAACAUGGGGAUCUCACGAGAGUUAGUGACAGUGGUAGAUCCCAGCGUGAUUGAAACCACAAUAGUUGAGGAAGGUACUGAAGACAAGGCGGUGCCUUUGUGUGGCCAACGGGUUCCUGGCUGCAGUGAAGAUGGGCACCCCGCUGCUAUUGGCAGAGGCAGACGAGAUAAUCCUCUUGGGCGUCCCCUGACGACAGCAGAAAGGAUGGCGUCUAUGCGGGAAAGGAAGAGGCGGUCACAUGAGGAAAUGAUGCACGAGAUCAUGACCGACUACAGGAGGACCUGGGAGACCAUGGAGGCCCUUCAUGAGAGGAGUGAAAUCAGUGCCGGGGAGUUCCGUGAAGCAAUGCUGAGGGAAAUGCUUCUGGACAGGGAGGCCCGGACACGGGAGGCCCAACUAGACCGCGAAUCCCGGGCAAGGGAGGCCCAGCUGGAUAGAGAGGCCAGGGCUAGGGACAGCCAUCUGGAGAGGGAGAUUAGGAUUAAGGAGCUCAGUAUGAUUGAGGCUGAGCUCCAGCGCACCAGGGACAUCCUCCAUCCGAUGGUUGAUGCCGUGGCAUCUGUGGCAGAGGCCUUGCGCACGGCUGGCAGGAUAUUGCCACAGUCUCAGCCUACACAGCAAGCGAGGGGUGGACCCUUUUUGGAAUCAAAGGAAAGCAAGUGACCUCUUCUCUUUCAGCUAUGGAACUGUUAUCCUGAAUGGGGAAGAAGGGUAGCAAGGAAGUGAGCGGGGAAAAUAGUGCUUUCUAGAGGGCUAAAGCCAGUUUCUUCUGAUAGUAAUUUUAUCUUGUCCAGCGAGAAGCUCUCCCAGUUUGCCCAUCCUGUGGAACAGAGAGAUAACAUACAUCUAGAUGGUUUGGUUUGGAAAAAGAAAAGAAAAACUCUAGAAAAGACAUUACAGUAGCCUAUUGGUAGGAACCUUCCUUUUUCUUACAGCUAAAUCCAGUGCCAGGCAGGGGCUGACUGCUUGGUUACUUGGGCCUCAUUCUGGACAGACUUUAUCCACAGGCAGGUACUGGAGAACAAAAUGCAUGCAUAUCUUCACAAUGGAGUAUUGUGUGUAUGUGUUUGUGUGUAUAUGCUAAGUGUGCAUCAUUCACAGCUUUUCCUUUCCAAAUCCUCAUGAGUAGGCUUUGUUUCUCUACCAGUUAGUGGAGACAAGCAGUAGAGAAGAUUUGCUGCCUUCACAUGUACUGGUGACCUUCCCAGAAGCAACUCACUGGCUCCUUUUGCAGACAAAGUGCCGGACUGGAUGGAACCUUGGUCUGAUCUAGCUUCUCCUUCCAAGUCUCUCUCAUACGUGUAAGCAAUGAACAUGGCUUUCUUAAAGUCCUCAUGGGCUGGGUUCACAGUGAAUCCAAAGCCAGGUUAAAAAAAAAAAGAAAAUACAAUUGCUGCAUUCAGAUAACUUGCCCCAGUGAUCCAUAUGAUGUUUUAAUGUGAUGGCCUGUUUCACAGAAUUUGCUAAGGCAGUGGCUGGGUUUCCACACCAUGCUGGACCACACAUAUUCAACCUCAUUUUUAGGUCUGGUGUGUCAUGCAAACCCAGUUAAUCUGUUGGGGAGCAUGUGUACACAGGAAAAAUUAGGUUAUGAUUUCUGAAGCCCCAUUGAGCUAUUCUGAAAACUGGAGUACUCACAUGAUUAAGCUGCCUC